CUUGUAUAUCCUUCCACCCUUAUUGUUCGCGCAAAAGGCGCACCAUAUCGACAAUGACUCUUCUUAUCCUUACCGAAACGGCCGCCGGUUACGCCUUGCUCAAGGCCAAGGACAAGAAAUUACUCAAGCGGGAUGAUCUUGCUUCUGAGUUGACUGGUGUUGAAAGUGUAACCUCUGAACUCAAGUUGAAGGAGUUUCAGAAAUUCGACAGUGCUGCUGCGGCGUUAGAGGAGGCAGCGGCUCUUGUGGAAGGCAAAGUCACUCCCAAGCUUUCGUCGCUACUUGAUUCUCUCAAAGAUGAAAAGAAGAUUUCUUUGGCUGUGGCAGACCCCAAGCUGGGCAACGCUAUUGGAAAGCUCCCUGGUCUCGACAUCAAAGCAGUCGCUGAUUCGACGACCGCCGACCUCUAUCGAGCCAUUCGAGAACACCUGCCCUCCCUGAUCCCCGGACUCAUGCCCGAAGAUGUUAAGACGAUGUCCUUGGGUCUCUCACAUUCGCUCGCUCGUCACAAGCUGAAGUUUUCCCCGGACAAGAUCGAUGUGAUGAUAGUACAGGCUAUUGGUCUGUUGGAUGACCUGGAUAAAGAGUUGAACACAUAUGCAAUGAGGGUGAAGGAGUGGUAUGGCUGGCAUUUCCCAGAAAUGGCCAAGAUCUUGAACGACAACCUCGCCUACGCCAAAGUCGUAUUGAAGAUGGGAAUGCGCACGAAUUGGGAGAAAGCCGACCUGGCAGAAAUCCUACCCGAGGAGAUCGAAGCAGCAGUCAAGGCCGCCGCGGACAGGUCUAUGGGUACUGAAAUCACGGAGGAGGAUCUCGAGAACAUACAAAGUCUUGCUGAACAAGUGGUACACUUCACGGAAUACCGAACGCAACUAGCCAGCUACUUGACUGCUCGAAUGACCGCUAUUGCUCCCAAUCUCACAACUCUUGUCGGUGAAUUGGUUGGCGCACGACUCAUCGCGCACGCCGGAAGUCUGCUUAAUCUUUCAAAGAGCCCUGCCAGUACUUUGCAGAUUUUGGGUGCCGAAAAAGCUCUCUUUAGAGCACUGAAAACCAAACAUGACACCCCCAAAUAUGGUCUCAUUUAUCAUGCAUCCCUCAUUGGACAAGCUUCGGGCAAGAAUAAAGGUAAAAUGGCUCGAGUCCUUGCCGCCAAAGCUGCACUUGGUCUCAGAGUUGAUGCGCUCCAAGAUUGGGGCGAGGAUGAGGCGAACAUCCCUGAAGACGAGAAAGCUCAACUCGGAAUCGAAGCACGUGCAAACCUCGAGCGCAAGUUGGCGGCCAUGGAAGGCAAGCCCAUCAAGCCGAGAGGUGUUGCGAUCGGCCCCAAUGGUGUUCCUGGCACUUCCCAGCCUCAGAAAUGGGAAAUUAAAGAGGCUCGGAAAUACAAUCCUGAUGCUGAUGGUCUUGCUGGUGACGAGGCUCCAGCCAAACAGAGCAAGAAGGACAAGAAGCAGAAGGAGAAGAAGCUCAUACAGGAACUGCCUUCAGACACAGUAAUGGAGGACGGUGAAGUCGACGGUGACGAAUCCGACUCUCAACCUGAUGAACCCAUAGACGCUGCUGAAGCGGCUGCCAUCAAUGGUGUAGAUGGAAAGAAGAGCGCGAAGAAAGCUGAGAAAGAAAGACGGCACGCUGAAAAAGCAGCUCGAAAAUCAGCCAAGAAGGAAGGCAAGGGCGAGAGUGACGAGACCAAGAUCGAAACGCUCGCUGCCUCGUGCGGCCUGAGUGUCGAAAGAUACAAGCGCAAGCUGGAAAGAGGAGAGAUCGAAUUCCAAGACGGCAAGCCGGUGGCUAUCUCGAAGAAGGACAUCAAGAAGGCCAAAAAGGCUGCAGAGAAGCAAGCAGCCGCCGCAGCAAAUGGGGAAAUUGACGGGACUAAGAAGCGGAAGCGAUCAGAGGAAGAAAGCGAGCCAGUCAAGUCGGACAAGAAGAAGAAGAGAAAAGACAAGGCAUGAGCGACUCGGCUCUGACGGCUUCGUUUCUUUUCUUUCGUUUUCUUUCUUUUCUGGCAUUUUCGAUUGCAAGGCGUCCGGGCUGGAGUCGUAGGCGAAUGGCACGAGAGUCACGAGAAAAUGUAUCUACUAAGGUGGUUGGUAGCUGGCAUCAAUACGCUGUCAUGCAGUUCAAAAAAGAUAAACCCAUUGUGACUUA